AUGGUCAAAACCCUCCCCUUCCGAAACAUUCAAGUCCCCUCCCCAGGCUUCGGAGCCAUGGGUCUGAGUUUCGGUCUGGGCACCAAUAUGAAUUUCGAGGAAGCCGAGCCUGUUCUCCUUAAAGCUAUUGAGCUGGGUUGUACGUUCUGGGAUACUGCUGUGGUCUACGCAGCUGGAAUUAACGAGAAGUUGCUGGGUGAUUUUAUUAGGAAGCAUAAUGUGAGGGAUAAGGUGUUCGUUGCUUCCAAAUGCGGCUUCAGCUGUUUCGAAGCCGAAUCAAAAGUCACAAACUCCGCAUCACACAUCAAGACGUAUAUCGAAGGAACGAUUGAGCGGUUGGGGUUCGCGCCUGAUUUGUAUUUUCUGCAUCGGAUUGAUCCUAACACUCCACUCGAAGAGUCCAUCCCAGCACUCGAUGAGAUUCGCAAAGCUGGCAAGACGAAGUAUAUCGGAUUAUCGGAAUGUUCAGCCGCUACAUUGCGAAAGGCGAAUUCAAUCGCCAAAAUCGACGCCAUCCAAGCAGAAUACUCCGCCUUCGAGACCCUCCAUGAAACAGAUGGUCUUAUCGACACUGCGCGCGAACUGGGAGUCGCAUAUGUAGCGUAUAGUCCUCUUGGACAUGGCUGGCUGGUCGAUGAUUUCAAGUUUAAAUCUCCAGAUGAUUUCGCGCCUGAUGAUUUCAGACGAACCGUCCCCAAAUUUCAAGGCCAAAACUUCUACACCAACCUCGCAAUCGUCGACUCCAUCAAAGCCCUCGCCGCCAAGAAGGGCUGCACAACGGGCCAAAUCGCACUCGCUUGGGUCGCCGCGCAAGGCAUGAUUGCUAUUCCCGGGACGACGAAGCCGCAUCGGCUGGUGGAGAAUUUCCACAGUAGGGAGGUGGAUCUGAGUGAGGAGGAGAUGAGGGAGAUGAGGAGGUUGGUGGAUGAUGCGAAACCGUCUGGGAAUAGGUAUUCGGAGAUGCAUCAGAAGAUGGUGGGGCAUUAG